CAGUCUUCUCCAUCUUUCCAGAUUUCUUCCAGCAAAUCAUGGCUGAUCUAGACAUCCAGAUCGAGAUGGAAAGGGCUCAAGCGCAGCUCGAAUAUGCGCCUAAUUCAGCAUUCGGUUCAACCACCCAAAACGUUCAAGGAGGCGGCGGUAGCGUUCAAACGGCGCCCGCCACACAGGACACUCAGUCUUUAGAGGAGGAGGAGACCAACCUGCCUGACCCGUUUGAGGAGGAGAUCAACCUACCUGAGUGGUUUGAGGAUCUACUUGAUUUUGGCAAUGAGUUGCUCAAACCAUGGAGUCAGAGCGGAGAAGGUAUAUCACACGGCGUAGGCCGUGUUCCUAGAGAGGUGGUUGCGGGGGCGGGACUCGGGCGCACCGAACCGCAAAGACACGCCGCGCCUUGCGUAGCCCCUAUAAGGGCUUCGCGGGAGGCGGAUGCAGAACACGCACCAGCUCCUCCCCCAGCGCUGUCGCAACCGUUUGGCUGCGCAGCCCGUCCGCCGUCGCCACAGCCUGGCCCUUCAAACCGGCUGUCACCCCCUCCUCCUCUAGAAGCAGCAGCUCGCCGCCGCCGCCCACGCAAGGUAUGCGUUUCGAGACGUAUACCUCUCCCCGCAAAUGAUGAUGAUUACGAUCACCCAUCACCAGCCCAUUCAUCUAUCGGGUGGACUCCUAGUUGUAGCAACAGUAAUAAUAGUAAUUUCCUUAUGGCUAGCGAUUUCUUCCAGCAAAUCACGGCUGAUCUAGACAACCAGAUCGAGAUGGAAAGGGCUCAAGCGCAGCUCGAAUAUGCGCCUAAUUCAGCAUUCGGUUCAACCACCCAAAACGUUCAAGGAGGCGGCGGUAGCGUUCAAACGGCGCCCGCCACACAGGACACUCAGUCUUUAGAGGAGGAGGAGACCAACCUGCCUGACCCGUUUGAGGAGGAGAUCAACCUACCUGACUUACCUGCUCUGCUUCCACCAUCAAGCCCAACAUCAAGAGCAGGGAAAGCAGCAGUGUUGAUGGCAUCUCCUUUUAAAAAGGCUUUGGAGCAGUUCCUGGCUAAAGGGAAAAAGAAAGCAAGUACCAAGCUGACAGGAAAGACCCGACCUUCAACAAUGCCUACUCCAAGAGCUCCAUGUGAUGCAUCUGAUAGACCUUCAGCACCUGAGGCUACCAAAGGGUAG